AUGCAAAUAUCAGAAUAUAAAUUUAUUUCCGAAAUUUUUUUGGCUUUCAACGGUGAACCUUGCACUUUUACUUCUUUAAAAACAUCGCAAUUAGAAUUUAGACCAAAUGAGAAGUUUAUUAAUGAAAAUAUUCCUUUGGAUAUUAAAUUUGAGGUUUUAAAGAUUGUAGAAUUAUCUACUUAUGUUAGAUUCAUAGAGUGCUUCAGGAAUUGUGACUUAUCUAAAGCUGAAUAUAAUGUGAACGAAUCUCCUGGUUGUAAUAAACAAACUUCGGAAGAAUGUCAUCCAAUAAAGAGGACUAUUGCCGAAUCUAUUUUUGAUGAUUAUGGACAAUAUCAAAAUAUUAUUGGCAAGAUGCGUGCUGAGCAUAUUUCUUUGCGCGUAACCAGAAAACUUAGUGAAAUACUAAUAUUUGCUCACAUUUGGUGUAAACGUCUACGAUUUGUCAGAUCUUUAUUUUCAUUGAUCGGAUCAAAUGAUGGAAUCCAGCUUAUUAAUCUAUUUUACCAAAAAACUACUUUUUUAUGCCAUUUGGAUUGGGAAUAUGGACUUUUAAUGAAUGCAAUUGUUCGAUCUUCUAAUGAAUUUAAUAACAUUUGUUCAAAAUGGCUUCUUGAUGCAUAUUUUUCUGAACAAACUAUUUGGAUGAUUAAGGUUGGAGGAAAACCUAUUAAACCUUCUCCUGCACGUUCCACAAGUACUUUGGAUGCUUCCAUUACUUCCUUCCAAAGCAUCGAAUUUGAUUUAUCACAACAAGCAAUGAACAAAUUGGAUGUUGCUAAAGAUGAUUUUUCCAAGGAAUUGUCACUUCCCGUUGUAAUUCAAAAUGAGAACGUCCUAGAGUCGUUUAAUAACUCCAGAGAGCUAAUUGAAAAGAUAAUUGAUAUUGGAAGGAAAGUGCAUUUUUUGAAAGUUCUCCGCUCAACUCGCUUCUAUGAAUUUGCUCGAGAAGAAAGAUUGGAAAUAAUUCAACGUUACUUAAUUUCUGCCAUUUGGCAUGACCCUCCACAUCGCGCUUCACUUUCCAUUGUGCUUCAUAAACUAGACGAUAUAAUUUGUGACGAUAUGCGUAUAGAACUUAUUCGGAAUCAUAGAAUGGUUGAUCAUUUGGUGUUGGUACAUGCUUAUUUUUUUAUGCUUCGUGGAGAUUUGUUUGCCGAACUUGAGCGAUUAAUUCUUGUCUCUUUUGGUGAUUCAACAGUUUGUUAUAAAACGCCAAAAUCUGUACGAAAUCGGUUAACUUCAAAAAUGAAGAUGAUUGAAGAUAUAUUAAAUAAUGCUUUAAAAUUAUGUUCACCACCAAAAAAUAUAGCUGAUCUUAUUGUACUUCUCUCUUCAGAAAGAUGUCGUGACCGUUCAAAGACUUUAUUAGAAUUAUUUGGUUUAAGCUAUAGUAGCAAUUUAAAGAAAAAAUUUUCUGAUGAUUCCACUCUAGCUAGUCCAAUGGCUGAAUUUUUUUCAAAACAAGUAAUGAAAAUUUACAAAAAAGUGUUUAACAUUAUGCUUCGAUUCUAUCUAGACGAGACUACUUAUCGUUUUACAAAUAUUUUCAGGAAAACAAGACGCCUUAAAGCUAACAUUCAACCCUCUCCUCUUCAAAUCUUUGCUAUAUUACAUAAAUUGAGGAUAUUUCUUGCUCGUUUAGGCAAUUAUAUUUUUGACGAAGUAUUAAUUCUUCAAAGUACUUCAAUUCUAAAAAUUGUUCAAUCAAGCCAAGACCCUUACAAUUUAUUAAAUCGUCACAAAAAUCUUUUAAAUGAAGUAAUGCGUGCAUUAUUCAUCUAUCCUGAUGCAGCACCAAUUUAUAAUAUUUUUAUGCAAUCUCUUCAUGAUGGACGUUCUCUUUUACUUGAAAGUAAGUAUUUAGAAAGUGAUUAA